AUGGCCGCGAAACCAGACGACGAUGGCUUCCUGGCACCACAUGCUUCCCGAUCUGAUGCACCGAGACCACCAAGCAUCAUCUCUUCCCGAAUGACGGACAUAGCGAGCGAAGAUGGCGACGAACCAGAGGUACAAAAGAACAGACUGAGUAUUCCUCAAAGUGCGGACAUGGGCUCGCGACCCGACACUGCCCGGACGGGAGCAUCUUCCAGAGGCCCAUGGCAGAGCCAGUCAUUGCGAAAUAAAACAUACCUAGCUGGUGUUCAGGCCAAGAGAGGUAGCGUUGAGAGUUCAACGGCUGGAUCGACCAGUCAGCCACCAAGUUUGUCGAGCAGAAGCCAUGUCCCAUCACUGCAGUCGCAUGCCUUCUUCCGCCCCAUGAGCUCGCAAAAAUUGCAGGCACAAAGAGGAGGAUCUCAUCGACCAUCCACAAUGAGCCAGAUGUCACCCGCUUCACCUACGUCACCAACAUCUCCAGUAUCCCCGACAUCGCCCAGAUCCGACGAGCAUGGUGAGGCUAGUGGUAGUCAAACGCGGCAGAGUAUUAUAUCAAACCCGAUUGCGCAGUUGCAGCGCCAGAUGAGUAAUGAUGAAAACAUGCGAUCACCACCAUCCCGAGGUACCGAGAUGACCGAGCAAGAGACUUUGGACAGAAUAACGGCGAAUACAAGUCCAAGCCAUGGCCAUUAUCCCGCGGGUAGUCUGACAGAUAGUGUCCGCCCCCUCCAAGGUAAAUCUUCAGAUAUGGGCCACUUUCAACACAACAUCAUCGUGGACAAAAGCUAUAAGGAUCUCUCAAACCUACCUAGUCCUAUCAAGUCGCCGCGUUCAUUUCGAUCAAGCUUUCUUAUGCCGGGCCGAAGUAACGAUGGGCAACUGAGUCAGAACCGCAGUACUGAAGGAGCUGAGAAACUGUCUUCAGCCGCCUCUUCACCCCAGUUCAGGCCUGUCGACUCUCGAAAUGGGCAACACCCACGUGUUCCUCAUAAGCCCAGUCAGAAAUCUGACCUUGGACGUGUCCAUCAGUAUUUUGAUGGAAACACGGUGUUUUGCUUAGGUGGCCGUUGGCAAAACACACGAGGAAGACCUGUCAAUAUUGCGACUGGCAUUUUUGUCGUCAUUCCCUGUGCUUUAUUCUUCGGCUUCGAGGCUCCGUGGUUGUGGAAUAAUGUGUCGCCUGCAAUACCUAUAGUGUUUGCAUACCUUGCAUAUAUAUGCUUCUCUUCUUUCAUUCAUGCCUCAGUAACAGAUCCAGGUAUUCUACCACGAAAUCUGCACCAGUUCCCACCUGUAGAUGACAACGACGAUCCUCUCCAACUCAGCCCCCCUACAACAGAUUGGGCGCUGAUAAAAUCCGCCGAAUCGACGACUGCCGCCAUGGAAGUUCCGGUUAAGCACUGUAGAACAUGCAACAUCUGGCGGCCACCGCGAGCACACCACUGUCGCCUAUGCGACAACUGCGUCGAGACCCACGAUCAUCACUGUGUCUGGCUCAAUAACUGUGUCGGAAAACGCAACUACCGAUAUUUCUUUACCUUUGUUACGUCUGCGACUAUACUCGCCGCUUAUUUAAUAGCCACAUCUCUUACACAGAUUCUUCUUUACAAAAAUCGCCAGGGUAUUUCGUUCGGACAAGCCGUCGAUCAUUUCCGAGUUCCUUUUGCCUUGGUUUUCCUUGGAUUUAUUACCUUUCUUUAUCCGGCUGCUUUGAUGGGUUAUCACAUUUUCCUCAUGGCACGAGGCGAAACAACAAGAGAGUACAUGAACUCCCACAAAUUCGCCAAGAAGGAGCGUUUCCGGGCUUUCUCUCAAGCAAGCAUUUUCAAAAAUUUUAUUGUUGUUCUUUGCCGGCCACGGCAACCCACCUACUAUCAGUUCAAAGCCCAUUACCAUGAAGGCGACCAACGUUUGGGCAUUCGGAGGGAUAAGCGGCCAAGAUCAAGCUCACAGGGAUUGGAAAUGCACAAUGUCAACCCUGGGGGGCCCGGCUUUCAAGGCCCGGUCUCGCUGAGAAACGAAACUCCCGUUAAUCGUGAUGCCUAA